GUCAAACCUGGUUGCUGUCUGGUCACCACGUGGCUCAUUAGUUAUCCCUGUGAAACCCUGCGGAGUUACCUGAAAGGGAAGAAGAGACAGAAACACUCUUUUUUCAAGGUGGCCUUAUAGUUGAGGGCAUCGCUACUGGUUUAAUGGUGAAGGUUAAGGACCUCCAUUUGGGAAUGGGAUCUGAUUCCAAAAGGAAGAAGCGACUCUCUUAAAAAAGAUAAAAGCCUGUCGUGGUAGGAGAAAUUCAGGGGAGUGGGAAAUUCCACCAAAAAGUGUGCUACCAAUUCCUGUAGAAGCUAAAUGGACACGAAGCCUCCCCCCAGGAAAGAUUUCUGCUCACUGCGCUAUGGGCUGGCUCUGAUCAUGCACUUCUCAAACUUCACCAUGAUCACCCAGCGCGUGAGUCUGAGCAUUGCCAUCAUCGCCAUGGUGAACAGCACUCAGCAACACGAUCCACUCAACGCCUCCACUGAGCAGACUCUGACAGACACUCUCCGCCACCCAAGCAUGUCCAGCAAGGACUUUAAAACAAGGGCAUCUGUGUAUCAAUGGAGCCCAGAGACCCAGGGCAUCAUCUUUAGCUCCAUCAGCUAUGGAAUAAUACUGACUCUGAUCCCAAGUGGAUAUUUAGCAGGGAUAUUUGGAGCAAAACAGAUGCUUGGGGCUGGUUUGCUGAUAUCAUCACUUCUCACCCUCUUUACUCCACUAGCUGCUGACUUCGGGGUGAUUUUGGUCAUUGUGAUUCGGACAGUGCAAGGCAUGGCCCAGGGAAUGGCAUGGACCGGUCAGUUUACCAUUUGGGCAAAAUGGGCUCCUCCCCUGGAACGAAGCAAGCUCACCAGCAUUGCAGGAUCAGGGGCAGCAUUUGGGUCCUUCAUUAUCCUCUGUGUGGGUGGACUAAUCUCACAGGCAUUCGGCUGGCCUUUCAUUUUCUACAUCUUUGGUAGCAUUGGCUGUGUCUGCUGUCUACUGUGGUACACGAUGAUUUAUGAUGACCCUAUGCAUCAUCCAUGCAUAAGUGCCAGGGAAAAGGAGCACAUUGUGUCCUCUCUGGCUCAGCAGCCCAGUUCUCCCAGACGAUCUGUCCCCAUAAAGGCUAUGGCCAGAUGCCUACCACUUUGGGCUAUUUUCACUGGGUUUUUCAGCCAUUUCUGGUUAUGCACCAUCAUCAUCACGUACCUGCCGACAUACAUCAGUACUGUGCUCCAUGUUAACAUGAGAGAUAGUGGGGUUCUGUCUUCCCUGCCAUUUGUUGCUGCUGCCAGCUGUACAAUUUUAGGAGGUCAGUUGGCAGACUUUCUCCUGUCCAGGAAUUUUCUCAGCUUAAUCAGUGUGCGAAAACUCUUUUCAUCCCUAGGCCUCCUUCUUCCAUCACUCUGUGCGGUGGCCCUGCCCUUUGUGGCAUCCAGUUACAUGACAACCAUUAUUUUGCUGAUACUUAUUCCUGGGACCAGCAACUUGUGCGACUCAGGAUUUAUCAUCAAUACCCUAGAUGUUGCCCCCAGAUACGCAAGUUUUCUCAUGGGGAUCUCAAGGGGAUUCGGACUCAUUGCAGGGAUCGUCUCUUCCACCACCACUGGAUUCCUUAUCAGUCAGGUUGGGCAUGUUAUUGAACAUCUGCAAGUGGCAGGAUUCAGAGUCUGGAUGGAAGAAUGUAUUUUUCCUGUCUGCUGCUGUCAACAUGUUCGGUUUGAUCUUUUACCUCACAUUUGGACAAGCAGAGAUCCAGGACUGGGCCACAGAAACAACUCUCACCCGCCUCUGAGGAUACAGAGUCUUGACCUUCAUGUAGCAUAGACCCCUAACAUUUUACCUUUUUUAAUCUAUCGCCAAAUUUUCUUCAUAUUCUUGACCACAGUCAUAGCAGUUCUCUGCUCUCUGUGUGCGUAAGAGUCUCCUGAGGAGCCUUAAAAACAUGUGGAUCCCUGUACCCAGUCCAGAGACUGUGUGAAUUUGUCUGGAGUGCAGUCCAAAUACCAUUAAAUGUAGAUUCCUCAAGAGAUUCUAACAUGCAGCCAGGAUCACAACUGGUGGACAAAUUUGAAUAGGCAAUCCUGUUGUCCUUGAAUUUUCCUCUUGGAAAGGUAUCAAAUAAAUAAAAAUCUACGUGAAAAUAAUCACUAAUAAAAACCUCCAUGGGGUAGUUAUGAACACAGAGAUCUGUUGCGAAUAGUAGCCGUGUCCUAUAAAAUUCAGUAUAGGGCAGAAUUUAUAAAUCUGUGAUCCACAGAAUUAAUAUUUUUUUACUCUUUUUAUACACUGUGAAGCAAGU